AUGCCUUCCAAUGGCGAAGAUGGUCACAGCGUCUUUGGCGGUUCAACGAUGGAUGACGAUUUGCCGUCAAAUCUGAAAACUUUCCAGCCAAAUGAUCAUCCCCUGCAACAUUGGAGGGCGGCCUCAUCACGCCCGUUUACUGGAACCUCCUCAACUCCCGUCGGGAACUCGAAUGAAAAUCUCGUGACUACCGUGGCAGCCCCAUCAGGCCUCGACAGCAUUCCUCUUGAGUGGACGAUGACGAGUAGUUCGGACUCGUUAUUCCCCAGUGUGGCUGUUGAAGAACUUGAUGGAUCAAACAUGUUUCCGCUCCCUAUUGACUUUUUCUUGGGCCCUGCUGGUCACAUUGAUCCGCCAUCUUAUUGGACCUCCUUCGCGCCGCAUGUCUCCGCCACGGAUGGCAUUCAGGGUCCCUCCUACGCUACCGUCUGCCCUGAUCAUGCAGAAAACAUGAUGCCAAUUCCAUCAUCGGAUAAUACUAUGGGGUUGAAUGACACAGUACAUGCGCUUCACAGCGAGGACUUCCACCUUCCGUGA